UGUACAGUACAAUAGUACUGUGGAGUGUGGACAACGUUUUUUGUUGUAUUAAAUUUACCGUUUUCAACCAUCAAAAUGAUAUCACGCGAUCAUCUUGAACCGAUGGCCAUCUCCUCGGAUAGUGAUAAUACGUUCGACCAGAAGCUCAAACGUGGGGAGCGAGACGAGAAAGUUCCUCGUACUGGAGAAUCAAGCAGCGACCCGAACGAUUCUCCUAACUCUUCGUCCCAAGAUGCAAAACCGAUGAAUUGCCCGAAGCUACCGAACGUUCUGAAAUACUCCGCGCGACCCGAUACGAAAGUGCUGGAAACGACCAUAAUUCCUCAUAGUAUUAUUAUACGCAAAACGGAACUGGCCAGUCAUGUGCUCGUUAUGGGAACAUUAUCGUAUGGUUACAAUCCGAUUAAAUGUCCUUUAUACGGGACCGUAAACGGCGACGCUUGUAAGAACCUGUGCUAUACGUCGACGGAAACACUGAAGGCACAUCUGCAAGCCGCGCACGCACUAACCAACGUGCAGAUCAAUCUGUUGUGCCCAUGUCCUGCGGAAUGCAAUGGAAAUAUGGAAUGUCCGGUUGUCGUUUAUGAUCAGCACACAGGAAUGUUUUGGAGAAUCACCUGA